AUGCGUCAAUUAAUGGUACUCAUGGAGGCAAAAUACGGGACCGUUUUUGUUGCUGCAUCUGGCAAUGCGGAGCCGGAUCCUGCCGAUGGACCUCUGGUAGACCCGGGGGUCUUUAUUGAUGCGAAUUCCAUGCCAUACGAAGCCAUGCCUUAUGUUCCUGGCAUGAUGGUUGUCGGUGCUUCCAACAGAGAAGGGUAUCGGCGAAAGCUGAGUAUGGUAGGGACGAACGUCGAAUUCUGGGCUCCUGGUGAGCAGCUCCCAUAUCCUUUGGGCGUCAGUAACCGGCGCCAAAUCAAUGGCGGAUCACCUGCUGCUGGCCUUGUCUCUGGACUUGUUGCGAGCUUGCGCUCAGAUCCAACCUUCAGUAACUUUGUCAAGCCGGCACAGCUUAAGCAGCAAAUGAAGUCAUUAGCCCGCGCUAUUUCCUACCAGGGUGUUAACAAUGCCGAUAAGCCUGUCGUUGUUUACAAUGGACAGAGAAAAGACCAGUCUUGCCUACCGAAUUCGAAUGCCGGCGUCGUCUCAGAGCGCCGACUAUCCAUACGGCAGGUUGAAUCGUGCCCUCUUCCGGGACAGCCGGGCAAUCCAGAAGGGGUCCCCGUGCCAUCGCUCACUUACAAGCCCGGUCCUCCCGGUCCCUUGUGUACCGCAGACUGUGGUAGGCUCUGUGAGGGUUUCUUCUGUGUACCGCAGCCGACAGGAACACCGCCCGAGUUCACGCCUCCAUCCAAUCCCGGGGCUACCGGCCCUGGUUGGGUUCCGCCUCCGCCAGUCACCCUGCCCAACCUCCCUACACUACCACCGAGUGAGCCGGGUGUCACACCAGGCCCUGGUACCGUCUGUCUCUCCUCGGCGACUGUCACGCAGUGCAAUGGAAGGCCCGGUCAGGCAGUUUGCGUGACCAGCACAUCCUGUGCCAGCUUCGGCACUUUAGGACCGUUUCCCACUUUGCCUCCAUCUGUUACGAGCCCUCCUGGUGGCAGUUGUGUCUCGACUGCGACGUGGAUCAUCACAGGCGGUCCAAAGGGCGAGGCGACUGUAACUACGAGCGGCUGCGGAAAAUGGACUGUUCCGUCCGCCCCUGAGCCAACGCCUAACCCACCAUCGCCACCACCACCACCAGAGCGCAACCACGGCGUUGUGGUCAUCAGCUAUUAUGAAUUCGGUCAGUUUACCGUAGGCGGUACUUUCUGGACUCGAGAGCACAGAGCCUUCUCUGUUCCGUUCGGAGGGCAGAUCAAGCAAUGCAGCGCAUCGGCGAUAGCCUCACAGAGUGCCCCCGGAGUCCUCGCUUCAGCGAAGCUGCCGACCAAAAUGGGGCCUUUCCAGGCUGAGGGGCGCACGUGCGAGUACUCUGGCUCACCUGAUAGCCCUGGCCAGCUGAGCUGUGACGGACUGCCGACUGUCUCCUGUGAGGGCGCUUCGCAGACUGAUAUCUGUGGUUCCGGAACUCCUAUCAUGGAAGCACUGGCUUUCUGUAGAUUCUAG